UUGGUGGCACGUCUUCUGCUCUGACGCGGCUCUCUGGCUGGUUGACUGUCUGUCAGGGAAGACUCGCAUCUUCUCCUGCCUGGUAAAAUGUCUCCGUAGCAGAAAUAUAACCUACAGAAAAUGAACAAAACGAGGCGACAGCUACAGUAAACCGACGAGUCCCUGAAGCUGUUUUUUCUAUCAUGGAUGGUGCAGCUGAGCCCGUGUAAACCACAUUUACUCAGUCUUAUUUUCACGCCGCUCUCAGACUGGAUGACUGGAGAUGAGGCUAAGCAGCCCGAGACCACAUCAUGAGUAUCCAGAGCCUGGGAGGAGCUAUCGGGGAAUCCCUGGGCUCUAGCCUGACUGUGCGUAUGAGCGGAGCAGGUGGAGGCUGGAGCGCUCUCUCACUGAAACCUGUUUCUUCAGGGAGGAUUGCCUCUCUAUUCCAGACCAUGGUGCCCACUGGAUACACCAAACUACAGGAGGAGCGGCUAUCCAUGGUGGACCUCGGAGCUAAACCUGAAACCAGCCCGCUCCAGAACGGCUACAGACAAGAGACAUCGCAUAUCGAAGGCCGGCGGCUCCUGGACCGGGCCUCUCGGUCAUCUCUAUCUCUAUCUGACUGUGGAGAUGGAGGCUACUCAGAGACGGAGCCCAUGCUGGCUGAGAGGAGGCUGUCAGGGGAGGAGGCAGAUGUAGAGGAAGAGGAGGAGAAAGAGGAGCAGGAAGGGCAGGGAACUCACAUGCAGAAUAUGCCCAAAGAGUCGCCACUCGCCAUGGCGCUGCAGAUCUUGUUGCCUUUCCUGCUGGCUGGAUUUGGAACCGUUUCAGCUGGAAUGGUGCUCGAUAUUGUGCAGCACUGGGAGGCGUUCCGCUACAUCACGGAGAUCUUCAUCCUGGUUCCUGCUCUGCUCGGCCUCAAGGGAAACCUGGAGAUGACGCUGGCUUCAAGGCUGUCAACAGCUGUGAAUGUGGGCAAGAUGGACUCUCCCAUAGAGAAGUGGAAUCUAAUUAUAGGCAACCUGGCGCUGAAGCAGGUUCAGGCCACUGUGGUGGGAUUCUUGGCUGCAGUAGCGGCCGUGGUUCUCGGUUGGAUCCCAGAGGGGAAGUUCCAGAUGAGCCACGCUGUGCUGCUCUGCUCCAGCAGUGUUGCGACGGCCUUCAUAGCCUCCCUGCUGCAGGGUAUCAUCAUGGUUGGUGUAAUUGUGGGUUCGAAGAAGACGGGCAUCAACCCAGACAAUGUAGCCACACCCAUCGCCGCCAGUUUCGGUGACCUCAUAACCUUGGCGAUCCUGGCCUGGAUAAGCCAGGGCCUCUACAAGUGCCUGGAUUCCUACCCAUAUGUGUCGUCGCUGGUCUGUGCUUUCUUCAUGUGUCUCACUCCUCUGUGGAUCGUCAUCUCCUCCAAACACCCGGCCAGCCGCACCCUGCUCUACUCCGGAUGGGAGCCAGUCAUCACCGCCAUGGUCAUCAGCAGCAUCGGCGGGCUCAUCCUGGACAAAACGGUGUCUGACCCAAAUCUGGCUGGCAUCGUGGUCUACACCCCGGUUAUCAACGGAAUCGGGGGUAACUUGGUCGCGAUCCAGUCCAGCAGGAUCUCCACUCACCUGCAUUUCCACUGUGCUCCGGGAGAGGUCCCCGAAGAGGCCAAAGGCUGCUACUACCCAUGCCGCACAUUCUUUGGUACAGGGGCCAAUCAUCGCUCAGCUCAGGUGCUCUUCCUUUUGGUGAUCCCCGGUCACCUGAUCUUCCUUUACACCAUCCACCUGAUGAAGAGCGGACACACCACCCUGACGCCCAUCUUCAUGUCCGUCUACCUGGCUGCUGCUACGCUGCAGGUGUUGCUGCUGUUGUGCAUCGCUGACUGGAUGGUUCACUCCAUGUGGCGGAGCGGAAAAGACCCGGACAGUUUUUCCAUUCCCUACCUGACGGCUCUGGGCGACCUGCUGGGCACCGCCCUGCUGGCGCUCAGUUUCCACUUCCUGUGGGUGAUAGGAGACCAGGACAGCGACGUGGGUGACUGAGGCGACGGUAAAACAGAAAGGCGUCUGCAGGCGGAGGGAACGUCGCUGCCCGCCAGCCGACUUCUCACGACCAGAAGCAUUGUGGGAAUGUUUGUGCUCUCUGUCGCUGGUCAGCACAUUCCUCUCCUUCAUUUCACUCAAACCACAGGAUGGUUUAAAAACUAUUUUCUGCUCCUGGCUUUUUUUCUACUCACAUAAUAACUCCAUAAAUUUAGACUGUUCUCAGCUCAGAUUCUGAUCUGCAUAGUUUGCACCAAAGCACUUGCAUAUUAUAACGCUGGUUCCUGUUGGGGGGGGGGGCACCGAGGGAACCUCGCUGCUUUUUGCGAGCUGGUCUAAUCCGCGGUCGGAGGUCUUUUACUCAAAAUAAAAUAUCCUUGGCAGGCAGCUAUUUCUGGGAUUUACCACCCAGUGUAUCACCUGUCUGAUGUAUUUCUACUCUCCGUCUGUGGAGGGACGCAGAGGGAGUAAAAAAAAAAAGAAAAAAAAGCAAAGCUCAACUCUUAAAAUCACAUUUUUAUCAGCUGUGUUUGCAGCUCUGUCAGAACCAGGAAAAAAAGGGAAUCACUUAUUUAGAUUAGUGGUACGAUAAUUUAACAUCCAAUUCUGUCUUAACUUGUUUUUAUUUGUGCCAGUGUUUUUAUCUCUCUGCGACGACAAGGCGGGCUCUUCAUCCUGACUGAAUUUAAACUUGAGUUGUCUAACUCAUUCUAGUGUCUGCUUUCCUUUAUAUGUACACAAGUGCAUUAACGAACCAUGUUCAACCCGUACAUUUCAUGAAGUCCAGUCUCCUGAAUCAACACUAAGUUUUACUCUGAAGAGAGUCAAAUGUUCAGUGAAGUUGAGAGAAAAUGAAUUAAAUUGAGCGCAUUAAUGUCCAAUUAGGUAAAGUUCACACUAACAGCCUGACGACCAGGUAUCAGGUUGUGGCCCAGGUGUAGCAAGCAAGCGAACGCUGUGACUGUGCAAACUUAGCUUAGCAUACAAACUAGGACAGCAGGAUUAAAGAGUUAGAGUGGUAUAGAGGGGUAAGGAUGUUUUUCGGGAUGACAACUGGAAUGUCCGACUUCCGAGAUCAAAUUGAACGCGUCAUGACAUUAGCUGAAUUAGCAACAGUCGAUGCCGCAGUGAGCAAAAUGAACGUUGUCCAAUCCCAAUUUAAAGACGUAGCUGCAGGGCUGCGGGAAUAGGUCAGUUCUUGCAUUGGAUCAACCAGAUGACACAUUUACUCGAUUAUGUAAGCUCAUAGCCAAUCACUUGUUCAGUUGUAGCCUCCUGAAGAUGCUAACAGCCC